AUGCAAGAGGAAAAGAAGAAACUCUUGGAAGAAAUAGGCACAGCAACGAGUUCACUACCUCAAGACGUUAAAACCAUCAAUUGUCUAUUAAUAGGACAAGUAUCAGCAGGAAAAACAUCCUUUUGUAAUGCUGCAGCAACAGCCAUAGCUGACGAAAAACGUCUUAUAAAGCCACAAACUGUUUACAAAAGUUCAGUCAAGAGUACAACGGUCAAGCUGGAGUCGUGUAUUCUUCUUCAAGGUGAUAAACAACUUCCUUUGCUAAUUCAUGACUGUCGUGGUCUUCAUGAAAUCGACUCCAUUCAAAAAGAGGAUAUAUUUUACACAGUUGAUGGACACAUUGAGCCAGGAUAUAAGUUUGAUCCGGAGAAACCAAUUUCGAUUUCUGAUGCUUGCUAUCGCAAAGAUCCAAAACUAGCUGACAAAAUGCAUUGUGUUGUGUAUGUGGUAGAUGCUACAGGAUCAAAGAAAGUACUUGCAUCUGAAAAUGCAGAGGAGACAUUCAGAGACUUAAGAGAAAGACUUGCAAGCACAUAUGUACCUCAGCUUGUGUUAAUGAAUAAGAUAGACCAACUUCAUGAGAACUUUCAAGGUGACUUGGAGAGGGUUUUCUACAGCCAGCUCGUCCAAAGACUAUUUUAA